AUGGUGGUAGAGAAAGAGUUCCUGGUUCCUGGUUCCGGAACGUGGAAGCAGACCAUCUUCCCUACCAUGGAACCAUCUUCCCCAUGGAACCAAGGUAUCUCCUUACCAGGCCAUCUCCAUGGUCCAUGUGUGGUUUCGCUCCUCGAGGAAUCUGGCCCAUCCGCUCUGGGGCGCCUUUGUGUCACGAGCUGCGGUGCUGGCAGGGUGUCUCGGGUGGUGGUCACACCGUCGAACCGACGCUACAUCAGCUUCGAGCUCUUGGCUGGUGGAGUCCUGCAAGUGCCCGAGGAUGCAGCACUCCCCUGGCUCCGCGCUGUUGAGGGCUCUCUCGGCAGCCGAGUGAGCGCGCCGGCUGAAUGGACUGAAGGAAGCUCUCGACCCCCGAGCGGUGCGGUCUGGGUGGUCUCGGAGCUGCUGCCGCAGGGCCGGAGGUUGGCCUUCCGCUUGGUCACGCCAGCCGAACUCUUCCCGCGCUUCGUCGAGGCUGGCAGGCUUCCAGCUUGGCCACGGCUGGAGAGCGUGGUGUACCUCGUGGAGCUCUCGACCACCCCAGAGACGGUGGGUCACAUCAUGCCCUACCGGCACGACUACCGGAAGUCCGAAAAGAGCUACGCGAAAGGUGACCUCCUACUGCUGGAAGGCAGCCGUCCGGGCUUGCAGGACGUGGGCAUCGUGCGCAAGGUGCUCUAUGGCGCCAAAGGGGAGAAGGCGGCGAUGAUUGCCGCACAGAAGGAUCCGCUGAACCUCAGUGGCACUCCACGCUUGGCCUUACAGCGCUGUGGAGCCGCCGAAAAGAUCAAGCGCGAGCAGAUCACCGCUUUGGAACGGAUGGUGCUUCCUUUGUUGGCUUCCCGCUUGCCUACGGGCGCCACGGCCUUGGGUGUGGGCGCUUCCCUGGACGGCACCUUCCUGCGCUUCUUUGUGCGGCUCCCGCCAUCGACCGAAGCGAAGGGAGCCGACCAGGAGUCUCCAGCCGCACAAGGCGCUGCUGCGGCGGCAGCGGCAGUGGGAGCAUUGCUCGGCUGCCUGUCUGAGGUCUUUGCUUCUUUCGGUGCUGAACCCUUGCCUCAGCCGAAGGAAGUGACCACCAAGGAAGUACAAGAAAAGAGAAAGAAGGCCAGAGAUAAGGUCUUGAAAGCUGCACGAAAGAAGGCCAAAGAGAAGAAAGCCUCCUCGAAAUCCUCGUCUUCUUCCAGCUCCUCAUCCGAUGAGUUCCUCCUUGCCAUGGCCAAGAGAGGUGAUAAGGCGCUGGCCCGAGUCGCUCAAGCGGAAGAGAGGGCCGAGAAGGCCGCCCAAGCUGCGAUUCAGUAA